UGACAAAAUUCAAAAAUCAGUAUUAAAUACAGCCGCAGCAUAAUACCUGUAAGUUACAAAAUUAAGUUUAUUCUGCAGUGGAAAAACUUUCAGCAAAGGAGGAUGCUUGAUGUGUUGUUUAAAUAACAGAACUCAUCUUAAAAACAGAUAUUGAGAGAGGAAUAACUCAAAAAUCACUGUAACACAACAGGCCCUGGUACAAUGUACAGUGAUGUACAAUGACUGCAAUUGUCUAUAGCAAUUUCAGAGAACCACAUAAUGGUUGGGGUUGGAAGGGACCUCUGAAGAUCACAAGGCAGGGUCACUUUGAGCAGGUGACACAGGAAUGUAUCCAGGUGGGUUUUCAAUGUCUCCAGAGAGUAAGACGCCACAAGCUCCCUGCACAGCAUGUUCCAGCUAUCGUUAAUGUAAAGUUGCUUCUCACAUUGAGGUGAAACUUCUCGAUUCUAGUUUAUGGCCACUUCUCCUCAUCCUUUUGCUGGGCAUCACUGAAGAGUCUGGCAUCACCCUCUUGUAAUCCACCUUUGAUAUACUUAUAUCUAUUAAUGAGAUCCCCUCUCAGUCCUCUGCUCUCCAGACUAAACAGGCCCAGCACCCACAGUCUCUCCUCAUGCAGACAGAUGCUCCAGACUCCAAAUUAUCUUCAUGGCCUCAGACGGACCCCCUCCAGCACAUGAACUCAGACUGCAAAUGUGCUCAGCGAUUCCGAGGCAACUCCCAGCACACAUCACUUGUUGCUCCCCCAGCAUGCCCUCCCCGUGUGGCACACCGAGAGCGGGGCUCGCACACCGCGCUGCUGCCCCCGCCGAGCACAGCAUCGCAGCGCUGGUUUCGCUUUCCCGGUACUCGGGCCUUCCCUCCCCGCCCCCGGCCCCUCACAGCCGCCCGACACGCACCCCGGGGCAGCCGCGCCUUGGGAUCCCCGCCGGAGCUGCGGGCAGGCCCGACCCGGCGGGACCCGGUUACCGGCCCCGAGUCCCCCGAGCCCACGGCCCCCACGGCUGCCCCGGCCGGGCACUCGCUGUUCCCCGCCCCGCCCUUGCCCUGCGCCGGGCCCGGGCCGAGCCGCGGCCGCAGCCGCUCCGCCACUCACCGCCGGCCCUGCGGCUCCGCUCCGCCGCGGCUGCGCCCGUCGCAGGCGGCGGGAGAGAGGGCGGGGAAAAGGGGCCUCGCCGCGGGAGGAGCGGCGCGGUGUCGGCAACAUGGCAGCGUCCAGCCGUGCCCAGGUGCUGCGGCUGUACCGCGCCCUGCUGCGGGAGAGCCAGCGCUUCGGCAGCUACAACUACAGGUUACCAUUGGCCAGAUGUACUCCACAGAGAAAUUGGUCAUUGAGAGUCCAGGAAACACAUAGCCAAGAAAAGCCUCUGAUCCUGAAGCAACACUGGACCAUCUUAAGCAUCCUACAGUGCUACAUACAGAACUAAAAACUCACUGCACAUGUCUGAGCUUGUCUGUUCAGCAGAAGAAAUGCCUGAGAGACAGUUUUUGGCAACCAAAGUACUAUUUUCUAAUGGUCACAUGUUCUAAGAUAAAUGGCUGUGAUUUAUAAUAGUAUGUAAGAUAGUCUUGAAAUCUGUUUGCCUGCAUGUCCCAUGUAAUGGAAUAGUUCCUGCCCUAUUUCAACAAUAAAACUUCAUUAAACUGCCUGUAACCAGA